AUGCCCCAAACGCUGAGUUCUACCAGUAUGUUUACCCCAUGUGGCUUCAGCCCUCAUCUACAUACUUCGAAAGAAGACGAACAAGGAGGACUGAUCUUCCAGGAUGGAAACCUUACCUCAGCAUCUCUGGAUGCUCUGAUCCAGCAUCUCAUACCUACCACUGAUUACUACCCUGAAAAAGCCUACAUCUUUACAUUCCUGCUGAGUUCCAGACUUUUCAUCGAACCCCAUGAGCUUUUGUCCCGAGUUUGUCACAAGUGCAUUGAGCAGCAGCGGCUGGACGACCCCGUGCUGGACAAGGCACGGAUCAGAAAAUUUGGACCCAAAAUCUUACAGUUGCUGACAGAGUGGACGGAGACAUUCCCAUAUGACUUUCAGGAAGAGCGGAUGAUUGGCCAUCUGAAAGACAUGAUUCACAGGAUAGCCCCAUGUGAUGAGGCCUACUGGAAAAAGAUGAAUCAGCUUUUGCAAACCCUGAAUCAGAAGCUUGCAACCCUCAGCCAUGGGCAAGAAGGGAUUGUCAAGAUCAGUGCUGCUGUCUCUGAUAAGCUGGUUGCCUUUAAAAGUAAACCUCCAUCCAUUCAGAGAGAAAUCCUGAGCGUCUGCAGUGACCCUUACACUCUGGCUCAGCAGCUGACACAUGUGGAGCUGGAAAGGCUAAGUCACAUUGGACCUGAGGAGUUUGUGCAGGCAUUUGUACAUAAAGACCCUCUGGAUGGCACCAAGACUUGUUUCAGUGACCAGAAAAAGACGAGUAACCUUGAGGCCUAUGUGAAAUGGUUCAAUAGACUCUGCUAUCUUGUAGCAACAGAAAUUUGCAUGCCUGCAAAAAAGAAACAGCGAGCACAAGUCAUCGAAUUCUUCAUUGACGUUGCCCGAGAGUGCUUUAACAUAGGGAAUUUUAAUUCGCUGAUGGCAAUCAUUUCUGGAAUGAACAUGAGUCCAGUUUCCAGGCUAAAGAAGACUUGGUCAAAAGUGAAAACAGCCAAAUUUUUCAUUCUUGAGCACCAGAUGGACCCUACUGGUAACUUCUAUAACUACAGAACAGCGUUGCGGGGGGCUGCUCACAGAUCACUCACCGCACACAGCAACAGGGAGAAGAUUGUGAUCCCUUUCUUCAGCCUAUUGAUCAAAGACAUUUACUUUUUGAAUGAAGGAUGUGCUAAUCGCCUUCCAAAUGGACACGUCAACUUUGAAAAAUUUCUGGAACUGGCUAAGCAGGUAGGAGAAUUUAUAACAUGGAAGCAAGUGGAGUGUCCCUUUGAACAAGACCCUAACAUCAUCCACUACUUGCAUACUGCUCCCAUUUUUACGGAAGACGGUUUGUAUCUGGCUUCCUAUGAAAGUGAAAGUCCGGAAAACCAGACAGAAAAAGACAGGUGGAAAUCCUUAAGAUCCACUAUUUUAGGAAAGACUUGA